GUUAGUUCGGUAUUGUCACCAUCAAGCAUUGAGCUUUCUUUUUCACCUUCCCAAAUUGAGCAAAGUGAUUUCGGAACUUGGGUGGAAUGGAUCAAGCUGAUUCGAAAUGGCAUAAUACUUAAAACGGGAUUUUUUAUAGUUUUUUCGUUUUGCUUAUACCGUUAGUGCUCUCUAAUUACCAGUGAAUUUCGAGAACACUUGGUUUUGAAAAAAGCGAUCUCGUGCUACUUACUGCUGCUUUUAAGGCACUAUACAUAAACAGUUGUCUCGCUUUUAUCAUCUUCAGUAGACGUUACAAUGUGUGUCAAUGUGUUCAGAUACCGGCAAAUAUGACGACUUGUAACUCUAAACAUGAAAAAAAUGGGUGAUUUUUCUUCACGUUUAUUUUUUAUAGUAGUUCUUUUUGGUACGUUGGACAGAUCUGCGUCGUUGCAACUUAUUAUUGGAGAUUGUCCAAUUUACUUCUUUGAAAGAUGUAUACAUUCGGAAGUUGUGAAGUUUAUAUUAUCAAUUCCUUCGGGAAAUGGAAGCUCAUUAUAUGAAUUGGAUCCUUUCAACCCUGUCUUACCGAGGGGAUUUAAUUCUUUAAUUCCUAUAAAAGUGGUAGUUCAUGGAUAUGGUGGUUUGGACAUUGACACCAGCUCCAGAAAUGUUAGUAAAGCUUACCAAGAUGUUGGUUACAAUGUUAUCAUAGUUGACUGGAAGCCCUUGGCAGAAAUCCCCUGUUAUACUACUGCGUACCUAAAUACUUGGUACGUGGCUCAAUGUAUUUCUAUUCUAAUGGUAAGCCUUUUACCGCUGGGUGUAAGUCCUGAGAUAAUGCACGUUGUGGGCUUCAGCUUAGGCGCGCAUGUAUCAGGACUAGCAGGAAACAAUUUACAAAAAGUAUUGGGAAGUUCGUUUUAUCGAAUAACUGGUUUAGAUCCAGCUCUUCCGUUUUUUGCAACUUUAAAUAACGAUUGGAAGCUGGACAAAACUGACGCAGCUUUUGUGGACGUUAUCCAUACCAGUGCAGGAACUUUUGGAAAACUCGAAGCAACUGGCCAUGUUGAUUUUUAUGUGAAUGGGGGAUCAUUACAGCCGGCAUGUCAAUACAGAAAGUAUCCGCCACUUUGCAGUCAUAUCAUGGCAGGCUUGUACUUCGCAGAAUCGAUAAGGAACACGGUAUUUGGUGGACAUUCUUUUAUAGCAAGAAAAUGUGACAAUGUUGGUCAUUACAUCUUAGGACUAUGUAAUACAUUUGAAAAUAUGGCAAUAAUGGGUGAAAAUGUCUAUUAUUUUACCAGAGGAACGUACUACCUUGAAACUGGUGAUCAGCCCCCUUAUGCGCUGGGAUUUCAAGAAUACUAUCUCAAAAGAAGCAGAAGUUCAGACGCUUUUAGUGCUUUUGUUGAAAAGCUGAAAAAUUUCUUUAAAAUAAUAUAAUAAAUAAUGUAAUGAAUCUUUUAAA